AUCGAGCUCCCGUCGCCUUUCUCCACCGGACGCCUUCCGGGGACGGACCCCGACGCCGCACCGCAUUCUCGCGGACGUCCAAGUUCGCCUUUAAUCGUCUUAAAUAGUCCGCUCGCCGUCUACUAGCAUGCAGAACAUGUUGACCCUCCUCUCGAACGCGCUGUGUCGGAUCACCGGCAGGACUGCGGGAGCCCAAACUGUGUCGGAGUUGCUGAUUGGCCUGUCAGAGUACGUCAGUCUAACCUCGCCGGCGGCACCAGACUUGGCACAGACGCAGCGGCUGCCCCCCAAACCUCCGCCGGUAGUCAGCGCUAGAGCCAGCGCGGCGCCCUUAGUUAGCACGUCGUUAGCCGCACCAGCUGCCCGCAUCACAGCUUCCUGCUCCUUCGCUGACUUUACGCCUCAGGUGACUUUCGACAUCAAGAAAUGCGAUCUGUACCGCUUGGAGGACGGGCCUUCUAUGAAGGCGGAGCUAACGCGCGAGCAGGGCCUGCAGUAUUACCGCACCAUGCAGACGGUGAGGCGCAUGGAGCUGAAGGCCGAUCAGCUCUACAAGCAGAAGAUCAUCCGUGGGUUCUGUCACCUGUAUGACGGACAGGAAGCUUGUGCUGCAGGUGUCGAGGCUGCCAUUAACCGCAGCGAUCACCUGAUCACGGCAUACCGUGCGCACGCCUACACGUACACCCGCGGCGUGUCUGUCAAGGAGAUCCUGUGUGAGCUCAUGGGUCGAAGAGGCGGGGUCUCCAAAGGCAAGGGAGGAUCCAUGCAUAUGUACGCGCCGCAUUUCUACGGCGGGAACGGCAUCGUGGGAGCACAGGUUCCACUGGGUGCCGGAAUCGCUCUAGCUUGUCAGUACCAAGGAAACAAUCAGUUGUGUGUGACGCUGUAUGGCGAUGGUGCAGCCAAUCAGGGGCAGCUCUUUGAGGCCUUCAACAUGGCUGCCCUCUGGAAGCUUCCGUGCAUUUUCAUCUGUGAGAACAACCAGUACAGCAUGGGCACGUCGGCGGAGAGGGCGUCGGCCAGCACCGACUACUACAAGCGAGGAGACUACAUACCGGGGAUCAGAGUGGACGGGAUGGACGUUCUGUGCGUGAGAGAGGCAGUCAAGUUUGCAGCGGACCUCUGCCGAGCCGGGAAGGGUCCAAUUGUGAUGGAGCUCCAGACUUAUCGUUACCAUGGACACAGCAUGAGUGACCCUGGUGUCAGCUACCGCACUCGGGAGGAGAUCCAGGAUGUGCGCAGCAAGAAUGACCCCAUUGCCCUGUUAAAAGAGCAAAUGCUCAGCAACAAUAUGACAUCUGUGGAGGAAUUGAAGGAAAUGGAUGUGGCCAUUCGGAAGGAGGUGGAGGAGGCAGCACAGUUUGCGAUGGCUGACCCCGAGCCACCAUUGGACGACUUGUGCAACCACAUCUUUAAAAACGAUCCACCCCUGGAGGUCCGUGGGACCAACCCCUGGUCUAAGCUUAAGUCUGUAAGCUAGAACAGCAGCUGCACCCAAAAUGAGACUGGCCAGAACUCUUGACGGGACCAGGACCUGUUUGUCACGUUUUUAAUAGCUUUAUUUAUCAUUAAUAUAUGAUCUUGUACUCGAGCUGUAGCAACACCUGCCUGGAGUUCUGUCACAAUUGUCUUUAUCAUAAGGACUCCAGCAUUAAGUUUUUACAAGUCUGAUUAUUUAUUUAAAGCUUGAUGUAACUAUUGUCCUAACUGCUGAAAAUGUUGAAAACUGAACAAUGUUGUAUUGUGUAACAGCGAUUAUUAUUUUUUAUUUUUAUUUUUUUUAAAGCAAUAUUUUCAUUUUUAUCCAUGCACCAAAACUUUCCAAUGUUUACCAGCUUUCAAAUAUACAAUUUCAAAAGGAGCACUUUAAUCAUCAUGUUGUCAAAGUACGUCUGUUUUACAGCAAAUAUUAACGAUGUCAUUUGCACCAGUUUUUAUGUGGCAAUCAUAUUAUUUGUGGAUACUUGAUGCCACCUGACGUGGCAAAAAUAAAGAGAAACAUUUAUAUGUAUGAAAUAUUA